UUGUUGGAAAGAGGAACAUCAAAUUAGGAAACAGAAAGCUGCAGAAGAGGACAACAGAGUUCAUGGAGAAGUAGAAGAGUAGAUGACGGCUGGAGGAGAACUUCCUGUGACUGUGGAAAGCGAGCACCAGUAACUGGCACUGGGUGGAGGUGGGAAAGCACAGAAGACAAUAUUCCAUACAAUCCCAACUUCCCACCUCCAGGAGUGUGAAAGACUGACUGCAGCCACAUUGCUAAGAAUGGACUCUCUAAGGACAAUCUGGAUAUGGCUCAUGCUGUGUUCGGUAUACUCCUUCACCCUUGCCAAGUUCAGCCCAGAGGCCUGGCUACAACAAUAUGGAUAUUUGCCGCCAGGAGAUCUCCGUACUCACACAUUACGCUCUCCUCAGUCUAUGAAUGAAGCUAUUGCUGCUAUGCAGAGGUUCUAUGGGCUGACAGUGACUGGCAAGGUGGACUCUGACACAGAGAGGGCAAUGAAGAAGCCACGUUGUGGUGUGCCAGAUAAAUUUGGUUCUGAAAUUAAAGCAAAUGUAAGACGAAAAAGAUACGCUAUUCAAGGUCUGAAAUGGCAGCACAAGGACAUCACUUACUGCAUACAGAACUAUACUCCAAAAGUGGGUGAAUAUGAGACAUAUCAAGCUAUCCGGAGAGCAUUUGCAGUAUGGCAGACUGUCACCCCACUGCGAUUCAGCGAGGUUCGAUAUGUGGACAUAAAGGAUGGUCAUGCCAAACAUGCUGACAUAAUGCUUUUCUUUGCUGAGGGGUUCCAUGGAGAUAGCACACCUUUUGAUGGAGAAGGUGGAUUUUUGGCGCAUGCAUACUUUCCUGGGCCAGGCAUUGGUGGAGACACUCACUUUGAUUCUGCUGAACCCUGGACAUCCAGAAAUGACGAUCUAGAUGGGAAUGACUUGUUUCUUGUGGCUGUCCAUGAACUAGGCCAUGCAUUGGGUCUAGAACAUUCCAAUGAUCCAUCAGCCAUUAUGGCUCCAUUCUAUCAAUGGAUGGACACUCAGAACUUUCAACUACCAGAUGAUGACCGCAGAGGUAUCCAGCAGCUCUAUGGAAGUGGUCAUGGAGAGGGCUUACCACCAACACGUUCACCUCGUCCCACAAGGGCACCUAGACCUACUCCACGGCAACCUGAUGAUCCUAAUGUGCCUUUUGGACCAGACAUUUGUCAAGGCAAUUUUGACACUAUUGCCGUUUUGAGAGGAGAGAUGUUUGUCUUUAAGGAACGCUGGUUCUGGCGUGUGCGGAAUAACCGUGUAAUGGAUGGCUACCCACUGCCCAUUGGACAAUUCUGGCGUGGACUUCCAAGUUCUAUAAACUCAGCUUAUGAAAGAAAAGAUGGGAAAUUUGUCUUCUUCAAGGGGGACAAGCAUUGGGUGUUUGAUGAAGCCAUUCUUGAACCUGGGUAUCCCAAGUCAUUGAAGGAGAUGGGUAGAGGAUUACCGAGUGAUAGGAUUGAUGCUGCACUCUACUGGAUGCCCAAUGGAAAAACAUACUUCUUCAGAGGAAACAAAUAUUACAGGUUUAAUGAGGACUUGAGAGAAGUAGAUGCGGAUUACCCAAAACCUAUCAACGUGUGGGAAGGAAUCCCUGACUCUCUUCGAGGGGCAUUCAUGGGAAGUGAUGGAGCUUUUACAUAUUUCUAUAAGGGUAAUAAGUAUUGGAAGUUUAAUAACCAGCAACUAAAGACAGAAUCCGGAUUUCCCAAGUCUGUCCUGCAGGACUGGAUGGGCUGCAGCACUGCCCGCCAACCUGAAGACACUGAUGAGGAAACAGAAGUGGUGAUCAUUGAAGUUGAUGAAUCCAGUGGAGGAGUGAGCACAGCUGCUGUUGUAGUUCCUGUACUCCUCCUACUUUGUGUCUUGUUCCUUGGACUGGCGGUCUUGAUCUUCAGACAGUAUGGCACACCCAAGAGGCUUCUAUACUGGCAGCGUUCCUUGCUGGACAAAGUGUGAGACCUCAUGGAUCUGGACCCUGCCCCCAUCACAAUCUCUCCUGCCCUCCCACAUGUCCCUCACACACACAGAUAUCAUGGGGAGCAGUAUCAGUAUCCUGGGACGGGAGGAAGGGAGAGAACCAGUUUACACCAACUUUUGCCGCUUUUGUGCGGUGGACAUUGCUAUGUUUAACCCCUUCACUGCCAGAUUGGAGCUAUGUUUUCCAUAACGGUUAUUGCGGGGGUAGAUAUAUUAGAUUUAAUUGGCUAUUGGUCAGGCAGGGCUCUUGGUACAGCCACCACUUGCAAAAUUCAGAGCAGAGAUGGACACCCUCCAAAGGUCAGAAAACGCACAUACAACCACAUGUUUCUAACAGAUUGUGUUUUUUUACCCUUUCAAACAUCACCGCCACCCCAUCUAGAUAUAGGUCUACCUAUCAAAAGGAAAUACUUCUAAACAGCUGUCUUGUUUUUGGAUGGGUACAGGAGAGAACAAUGCAAGUGGGGGGAGAGUAACCUGUCUGACCAUGUGAGCUUACGUCUACAUGCCAAGAGGUUGUGGCUUCUUGUCAUAAUUAGAGUUAUGAAUAUCCCAAAAAUGGACACUGAUAUUAACUAAGGAGACUAUGUUCUACAGUCUUCAAAGAAUAUUGUCACAGCUGUGUUGUGACCUAUAGAUCUACUCUUAACAGAGAUUUGGGACCAAAGUAUUUCUAUUAAAAAAUGAAAAACUGUGUGAUGAGGACAUAAGUUUUGUGGAAUAUAAAGUACUGUCUAUAUGUGACCUAGAGAAAGUGGAAAUAGUUUAGCAAGUUGUGCAGAGCAGGACUCUCUGAAGAGAAAGUAAGGGACAAGUGUAAGGUCAGUAUCAGUAAGCUCCCAAACUGCCUGGAAAGUGCCCUGUAUCUAUGUAAAACCCAUGCAUUGUGUUUCUGUAAUUCCUUCUCUACCACCUCCUCUAUUCUGUUAAAUAUUAUAUGAAAAGGUUUAACUCUCAGGGUUAUCUGCUGGUAUCUGUACCAGGCAUUAGUUACUGUUUUACAGGUCCUGGCAAACACAAUGUUAUGCUGGUUUUCUGUGAUGGAAGGAGUAAUCACUGCUCUGAAAGAUUCUUUGCAGGUAUCUGGCACAGAGAGAUUUUUCUCAGUCUUAGAAGGUGGUUAAUGCCUCCAUGCAGGUCUCUGGCUGUGGUGGAGUCAGUCAUGGUUCCUAACACCAUUGUAGCUGGAAAGGGAGAAAGCCAUUGCUCUGCAAGUGUCCUAGGCAGAGAAGGGGUUAAUCACAGCUCUGCGGGGUGGGGGUUUCUGACUGAGUGAAGUUAAGAAGGGCAGAUCACAUGGUACGGUCAGGGGGUGGGGGUGGGGGUCACAUUUGCUUGUUUCCUGUCUUUCUCUGUAUCUUUGUUUAUAUUUUGAUUAUUAUAAUAAUUAUUAUUUGAUAAUAAGGCAGCUCCUGCAGGUCAGGCCGCUUUGCAUUCCCACCUGUCCACUGCCAGAGGGGUCAGUGGAUCAUUAUAGAACAUGUCUAUAUUAUGCUCCACUAAUCCCUCCUGCAAUGAGUUGGCGACGCCUUUACCCCUCCUCCCCUUAAGCAUACAGAAUGGGGGUCAGAGCUUGCACACAAUUUGGAAUUGGAAAGAGGCAUUUGCCCUUUCUAACCUAACUCCAAGUGCCUUAUAUCAUUGAGUAACCUCAUUUACAGCCCUGUAUGGUGCUGGAACAUGUAUCUCUUCAUGGUUUACCCUAAUUCAUGGAGGGGAUCGGGGGCCACCUUUUUGGUCAAAUUAAAGCAUCUUUUAAGUGGACAAAGUUUGUGUUUUUUAUGUUUUUUUUUACUGUCUUUUAUAAAAUCACCUAAAAGCUAUUUGUUAUGAACCAGUGGUUUUGUAACACUAGAAAUAUAAAAAUACAAAAAGAUGA